AUGAAUCCUCAGAUGCUGCUCUGUGUUUGAGCAGCUGCACACACACAUAUCUAUAUAUAUAUAUAUAUAUAUACACACAUAUAUAUUUAUAUAUUUAUGCGUGUGUGCGUUUUGCGCUGGAAGUGCGCGCGGCUCCAGCCCCGGGACACGAUGCGCACCGCUCCUUUUUCCCCCCAGACUGAUCGGAUCGGAUCCGGCUGACUUCACCCACCGCUCGGGUUGUGUCCUCCAGCCAAGAGACAUGCCGAGAGCUCACGUGCACCCGCUGGCUUUGGCUGCAUCCCUCGUCCCUGCGUGUUGACGCCGCUCCGCCACAUCCUGCUGAAAGCCGCACAAGGCUCCUUCGCGUGUUUUCAUAGCGUUUUGUUGUUGUUUUUUUUUUCCUCCCCCCUCCUCCUCCUCCUCCCCCCGCUGCGUAUGAUGUACGAGAGUGUGGACGUUGUGGGACUGAAUCCCAGCCCGAACCCGUUUCUAAUGAUGGAUUAUUACAACCAGAGCAGAGGAUGUUUGAUCCCAGAGAAAGGACUGGUGCCCGGAGCGCCCCAUCCCUACAGCACGUCCAUCAGGAACCAGCACUGGAACGGAUCCAAUCACUCAAUAGAAACCCAGAGUACCAGUUCAGAGGAGAUAGUGCCAAGCCCGCCCUCGCCUCCCCCGCCACCCCGCGUCUACAAGCCCUGCUUUGUGUGCCAGGACAAGUCCUCAGGGUACCACUAUGGUGUCAGCGCCUGUGAAGGCUGCAAGGGCUUCUUUCGGAGAAGCAUCCAGAAGAACAUGGUGUACACUUGUCACCGAGAGAAGAACUGCAUCAUCAACAAAGUCACCCGCAAUCGCUGCCAGUACUGUCGGCUACAGAAGUGCCUGGAAGUCGGGAUGUCUAAAGAGUCUGUGAGGAACGACCGGAACAAAAAGAAGAAGGAUGAGAAGAAGCAGGAGUGCACGGAGAGCUACGUGCUGAGUCCAGACACAGAGCAGAUGAUUGACAGGGUUCGCAAGGCACACAAGGAAACCUUCCCCUCCCUCUGCCAGCUGGGCAAAUACACUACGACUAACAGCUCAGAAAGGCGUGUGUCCUUGGACGUUGACCUGUGGGACAAGUUCAGCGAGCUCUCCACCAAGUGCAUCAUAAAGACGGUGGAGUUCGCAAAGCAGCUGCCGGGUUUCACAACGCUCACCAUCGCUGACCAGAUCACGCUGCUCAAAGCUGCCUGUCUGGAUAUUCUGAUACUGCGGAUCUGUACGCGCUACACGCCAGAGCAGGACACCAUGACCUUCUCAGAUGGACUCACGCUAAACAGAACCCAGAUGCACAACGCUGGCUUCGGUCCCCUCACAGACCUGGUGUUUGCCUUUGCCAACCAGCUCCUUCCUUUGGAGAUGGAUGAUGCAGAGACGGGGCUGCUUAGCGCCAUCUGCUUGCUGUGCGGAGAUCGACAGGACUUGGAAGAAGCGGACAAGGUGGAUGUCCUGCAGGAGCCCCUUCUGGAGGCGCUGAAGCUUUACGUGAGACGGAGGCGGCCUCACAAACCUCAUAUGUUUCCCAAGAUGCUGAUGAAGAUAACGGACCUGAGAAGCAUCAGUGCUAAAGGAGCUGAACGCGUUAUCACGCUGAAGAUGGAGAUCCCCGGCUCCAUGCCACCUCUCAUCCAGGAGAUGUUGGAGAACUCAGAGGGUCUGGAAAGCGGGGCUGCAGGCAGCAGGCCCAACGGCGCCCCCCCAGGAAGCUGCAGUCCCAGUCUGUCCCCCAGCUCGGCCCAAAGCAGUCCAGCCACACAAUCGCCGUAGUAAUGGCCCACCUUUUCGUUAUUCGCUCUCUCUCUCUCUUCAUGUUGGUCUCUGUCUCCUCCCACGUUGUUCUGAACCGGAGGGACAAAGGAGGUGGGCUUUGACCCACAGGAGACUGGCAGAGCCGACCUCCUCCUCUCCAGCGACACAAGUCCACAUCUCCUGAUCUGCUUGCCAUCACCGCAGGAACACUGUCCGGACAUGAGUGGGGAGGUGAGGCCGGAGCAGGUCAGGUGACAGGAUGACGCAUCGUUGACACUGCUGAUCCACCUCCCUCCACGCUCCUCCCCAUCGCUUCCACCUUCCUCAGAAAGAUGGAAACAAACCUGGACGCAGUGACGACCAGUCCUGAAUGAAAGCGAGUGAGAGCAGCACAAUGGGACGAAUAAAAAGGACAAUAAAUACAGACUGACCUAAACACCAGACACUUUGUUUUUUGUUGUUGUUGUUGUCGUUGUUGUCGUCGUUGUUGUUGUUGAUGUUUUGUUGUACUCUGAAGCAGACUGCAACGUUGGGACUUGUCAAAAGACCUCACUCCUCAAAGACUUUGGGUCUUGACUCUUUUUUCCAUUUUCAAAAAAAAAGAAGCAAAAACAAGAAAAAGAACAGAUUUUGUACAAAAGAUACAUAAAUAUAUAUAGAAAAAGUAAGGAACUAUUGUGAUGGGCGUGUCCAGAAGAGAGCUGCAGGUGGAAAUGAGGACAUGUUUACUGCGCUGAGAUUAGUAAUUGUUGUACUCCUUCACCCUUUGAAUCUUUUCACACCUAUCAAGAGUAACGAGACACGUUUCUGUUUGUGUAUUAUUCUCAUUAACAAGAAAAGGAUUUUGACAUUUCUCAAGUCGUGCAAACAAUUACACAAAUGUGCACAGAAAAACAGCAAAUAUCACCUUCUAUUCCAGGUUCGUUUUCCUAGUUUUUAUUUUAUUUUUUUCAUUUUUGUUUUCCUCCAAGUGAAUGAAAAAAAAAAUGAUUGUAUGAACUUGGUUAUAUGAUAUCAUCACAGGUCCUUUCAAGAAAUCAAAUUAAUGAAGAUUCAUCAUUAAGGUGUAUUUUAAGUGGCUUUUGAGUUUGUGUAUAUAAGCUGUAUUCAUUUCUUUAAAACUAUGAAGCGUUUUAGGCUACACGUGAUUUUUUUAAAAAUUCCUUUUAAUGUGUUUUGUUAUAGAUUUUGUGAUUUAAGACAAUACAGUAUGAGCACAUUUUACUGAAGGAAGUUCUUUCAUGUUUUAUAACAGACCUUUCACCAAUCACUGGCUGUUCAGAAUGUGGCUUUCAUAAACAAUUUCCCCCUCCCCACCCACACACACACUUUUUUUUUUUUUUAAAAAGCUUUUUUAUGUACAGUAGAUAACAAAGUAGCACUCCUGACGGGGCAUAGCUUUUUAUUUUGCCAUGUAGCAGAACGAGAAGAGGAAAAUUGUGAGUUAGAUGCCAUCUGUUGCCUGGAAGGCCCAGCUGAUGUGUGAUGUGAGGAACAGUGUAUAUAUACCGUGUAUUAAUGACACCGUUCUCAGGACACUGAACGAAUCGAUCCGUAGCGGACGAGACGAGAUUGUAGUCUGCUCUGUCCACGUUCAGGUCCCAAACGUACAAGUUCUCACAAAUCAAGCCCCUUCCCGGCAACAUUUAGGAACAUAUAUGUGACCUUUUGCUGGAUCCAGAGCAACCUCACGCCCUGUGACUCACUUUACACCAAAACGCCUUCAUCAUUAAUACGUGUUAUCUGGACCAUCGUUACUGUAAACGCACCAAUGUCUCAGGAAGGAAUCAUUUUGUGUGCUUGGCCUGUUAUUUGUAUGUGUACUGUGAUGCAACCCCUAAGCCUCCAAUCACAAAUGCACAUGUGUACACACUUCUGCUACUGAGCCCCUGAAUUUUCUCUCCAAUCACCCACUCUUGUUAGGCCUGGCAGACCAGGACUCGUGCAGAGUGACUCGAACCCUGACCGCUCAGUGUUGCAGCAUAGGAUGCCAGUGUGGAGCCUCUCUGAUUCACGUGUACUUUUUUUUUUUUUUAAUUGUACGGGGAAAAAAAGAAAAGAAAAGAAAAAGCUGCUUUCAUUCUUUAGGACUCAACCUGUCCAGAACAGCGCACAGCAUUUCCCUCCACAGAUAAUCUGGAUUAGCAAGAGACACACCGUCAGUUUGAAGAGUAUGGAACAUGUUGCAAUUUUGUCAAGAUUAUCAAGGAACUUUGAAAAAAACAAAAAAGAUACAAAAAAUAAAAUAAAACCAACAUUUAAUAA